AUGGAAAAACAUAACGAGAAUUUUAUGGAGAAUUUAGAGAAGGCACCGAUACAAAACGAACUGGCCUCAUCUCCUCUGCAGCAAAUUGAUAAUGUUCUUAUUCAGAAUUUGGAAUACCCAUGGAAAGAUGUGGAAGAUAUGAAACCGACAGAUUUGGAGUACGAACUUUUUUGCGGUGCUUUGGAAUCAUUUUGUUCCAAACCACUGAUUGAGCUUAUUGACGACUGGACAAUUUCUAUGGAAACUAUCUUACCAACUAUUCGAAGCAGUAUACGAAUUUAUACCAAAGCUGCAUCCUGUGAAGGCAUGUGUUUGCAGCAAAUUUUAUUUGUAAUAUUAACUCUCAAAUUUAGAAACCUUAAGCAUCAAAUAAACUUCAGCGUUUAUAGGAUUUAUUUUUCUGAGGCACUCAAUGCUUUGUUAUCUUGGUAA